CUCUCACAUUGUGACGUGGCAGUAAAUAAUUGGUUGACCAUCAAUUUUCAAACCGUGCAAAAGCAAAGACGGUUUUAUCGGUUGUUAACGCGGCACUAUCUCAUUGGCCUUAGUCUUAACGCGGCAACUUAAAAUUACUCAUUAUUUUUCACAUUAUCAUUUUGGCCCCCAAAGACUCGUAAAAAUUGUUUUCAACACCCCCACAGCUCUUCAUUCAACUCGCAUCUCCAUAGAAUUCUCAGCCUGAUUUUUCUCUGUCCGAUCGUUGAUUGAAUUAUUCAACGCAUCAAUUCAGUUGAAUUGCAUCAAUUUUCCCCUAAAAAUUACCGAAUUUCGUCAAUUUUUGCCGAAUCCAAUAUCCGGAUAUCCCCCAAAACCUACUUCAAUUCAUACACACGAAAACGUAGUAUCAAUCGCAUUGUUCUGACAAUCUUUAGUGAUAGUUGAUUGAAUAAGAAGCAGAAUGGAUGAAGUGAAAGAUAAAAUGAAGGGGCUGAUGAAGAAAGUCAACAACCCCUUCACAUCAUCUUCAUCUGGCAAAUUCAAGGGCCAAGGCAGAGUUUUGGGAUCUUCCACUACGCCGUCACCGUCGCCGCCGCCACCAUCGCAAUCAGGGUCGUCUUCAUCAUCAUUGUCUAAUUCAAGGCCUUCCCAUCCGAAGGCACACACUAUUUCCGAGCAUAAAUCCGAGAGCAGAGAGCCCGGGCCACGGAUAAAACCUAAGGCACACGAGAAGCCGGAAAACGGCUUCGAUCCAUUCGAAUCAUUGGUGACGACGGGAAAGAGGAACCCAAAUGGCUAUUCUUUGAAAAUUUUCGAGUGUCCAGUUUGCGGUGGAGGGUACGCCUCGGAAGAAGAGGUUUCCACCCACGUCGAGUCGUGUUUGAGCAGAGCAGAAUCGGGGAGUAGCAAUAAGGAAGCCGAUGGUGUUCUGAAUCAGCUGCAGAGUUGUGUAAGCACGUACACGUCGGGGAAGCCGAGCGAUGGUUCAGUGGAGGUGUUGAUUAGGCUUUUGAGGAAUGUGGUGAAAGAGCCAGAGAAUGCUAAGUUCAGGAGGAUUAGAAUGGGGAAUCCAAAGAUAAAAGAGGCAGUCGCAGAUGUCCCGGGAGGUGUGGAGUUGCUGGAGUGCAUUGGUUUUGAGUUAAAGGAGGAAGGUGGUGAAAUGUGGUUUGUGAUGGAAGAACCUUCUAAGGAGCGGCUUGGUUUGGUUAAAAAUGCUGUAUUGUUGCUGGAGCCGAAGAAGGUGGAAGAAUUACCAUCUACGGCUCCAGUUAAUUUGGAGAAACCUAUUGAGAGGAAGCCAGUUGAUAGACAGAUUCGGGUAUUCUUUUCCGUCCCCGAGAACAUAGCAGCAAAAAUUGAGUUACCUGAUUCUUUCUACAACCUUUCCGCUGAAGAAGUGAAAAGGGAAGCAGAGUCAAGGAGGAAAAAGUUAGAGGAUUCUAAGCUUCUCGUUCCUAAAUCGUACAGAGAAAAACAGGCUAAAGCUUCAAGAAGGCAGUAUAAUAAAACGGUAAUUAGAAUACAGUUUCCUGAUGGAGUGGUACUUCAAGCUAUAUUUUCUCCAUGGGAGCAAACUGGCGCUCUGUACGAGUUGGUGAGCAAUGCACUAAAAGACCCAAGCUUAGAGUUUGAGUUAUUACAUCCAGUUUUAGUGAAGCGACGGGUGAUCCCACAUUAUCCAGCAGCAGGAGAGAAAGGAAUCACACUUGAAGAAGAGGAUUUGGUUCCUGCAGCACUUAUUAAGUUCAGACCUAUUGAAACAGUUGAUGCUGUUUUUACCGGUCUCUCCAACGAACUCCUUCAGAUCAGCGAGCCUUUCGUCUCUGCUUCUGCAGUUCCUGCUUCAUGACUUGUACUCAACCUCCAAACUGUCACAAUAUUAAUACUUGUGGAGAUUGUAACCUCUGGUAUGUAUAGUUGAUACGACGUUGCAAAUCAUGUGGCAACUACAUGUUUGUGGCUCUGUUUUUCAUUUCCCAUGUAAUACAAUUUGUCAUUGUAUUUCGGUCUUCAUCCAGAUUUAUGUUUGUGAUAUUAUAUGCUGUGGAUAGAACGACCGAGUUUAUUUGUCA